CAAAACAAGAUUUUACAUCGAAGCUGCUAUAGAGCUCCCCUGAACUCGUUGACUUUAUUCUCACCUGGGGCUGUUGUAUUUAGGACAUGUACAGUACAUGUCAUCAUGUCAUGGGGGCUUUUGUUUUGGAGGAAACAAUAAUACCGGAAGUACUUAUUUUCCUGCUGCUAGCUUGAAGUUGGUGUAUGUUUACAUACACCGACAGACAAAAUGAAGUGACUGUGAAGACAUUACACACUAUGAGCAGGAGCCGGCUGCUCAGUCCCCGCUGUGUAAUCUUGAUAUUUAUCGGCUGCGUUUCCAUUUGCGUCGUUUGGAGGCUGAAGGGGAGGAUGCUGGACCAGACGCUGGACUAUUUCCUGAGCCGGGCUGAGAUAGGACGGAGGGACGCUGCGGAGGUCACGUGGUCCCACGCCACAAACAGCAGGAGCGUGCUGAGCGCCGCUCUGACAGGUCGCACUCACAUGAUCGAGGCUGACAUUAUCAUGAGAGGUCGUGAUCCUCGAGAGCCAAUCAUGGCACAUCCGCCUGAGAUGGACAGUGAUAUCACGCUGCGGGAGUGGCUGGAAGGAAUUGGGACACACAGCAAGGGUAUAAAACUAGACUUCAAGAGCCUUGAAGCAGUGGCUCCUUCCAUGGUUCUGCUGGAGGAGGUGUGGGGUGAGUCGGAACGUCCCGUAUGGAUCAAUGCAGAUAUCCUCCCAGGACCCGGAGGAAAGGCCAGUCCUCUGGAGCCAUCAGCUUUCUUGGCUGCUGUCAGGGCUUUUUCCAGUCAUGCUGUGCUCUCUCUUGGCUGGACCACCGGGUGGAUGCCUGAUACAGACAACCCAGGCUACAGCUGGGAUAUGGUGCGGGAGAUGGACCAGGUGUGCAGGAACCUCUCGCAUCCCGUCAGCUUCCCAGUUCGUGCUGCCCUGCUGGCCCAGUCUUUCCCCCAGUUGAAGUGGCUUCUGCAGCAGUCAGACAGGUACACUCUUACAGUUUGGACCGGCCAGAAUGACAAGUUUCCAGUAGAAGACUUACUGCCCUAUAGAGAAGCUUUUGACAAGAGCAGGAUCUACUAUGACCUCCCCGACUCUCAAAGGACACAGCUCAGCUUAACACUGGGAGACCAUAAUUGAUGAAGUAUAGUAUCAUGUAUUGAUAUCACAUAUGUUUUUCGUCACACUGUAUGAACACCUCAUCAUAUGAAAAUGGAAGAACAGAACAUUACAACAAAUCAUUAAUGCUGUGAUAUGUUGGUAUCUCUGAAUUUGUGGCGGCAGUUCAGAGUAUCCAAGAAUGCUUUACUUUUUAGAAGACAUAGAUUUAGAUAAGACAUUUUUUUCUGAAAGGAAUAGUUCUCAAUGACAAGGGGGAGAAGUUUAUUUUUAACAAGUGGUAAGUGCUAGGCUGUAACAGUUUUCUGUGAAUCUGCAGUUUAUAUGGAUCAUAACAGUGAUGUGUCUGUAUGCUCUCUAUGUACCUAAGCACAUUCCUGCUUUAAGUUAAGAGCAUUAGAUAAUAGAUGUUAUGCUUCUGUAUAUAGGGUAUGAUCAUCUUUUUAAUACUUGAGAGAAUACAUUUUUAUAGUACAUUACAUGAAGUGGGCAUUGUGAUGAAUGGCUGAUCCUGCACUGAAACAUAAAAUAUAUUCAUCGAUGAACACCAACAUAGUGCUUUCUUUUCUUUCUGUUCCUCAUCAGAAUAAAAAUAUUUUACUGGUGGACUUA